UCCUGAGCCAGGGCUGUGUCUCCGCCUGGAGAGCUGCUCUGUGCAGCAGCCGCGGCGGCGGCAGCAGAGGGAGCCCGGGAGCUCUGGGCAGAGGAGGCGGGCGAUCGCAGCGUCGGUGCUGCAUUCCCCAAAGCAUUGGCCGCGGCCCGCGCUCUGGGAACUUCCCCGCACGCACUCAGCCGCGCUGCUCCGCACCCUCAAUUGUUGCUGAGCCUUGGCGCUCGUCAACAAAGCAGCUGAUUUUUGCUUUCUUAGAGAUAGGGAUGAGCAAUGAGCUGCCGGAGGAAUUUGGCAAUGAGGAGAGGGAAAGGCAGUUUCGUGCCAGCAGCUAAGUUGUAAAAUUGCUUUGGAGGCUGCCCGGGGGAGCACGAUAGCGCUGAAAAGAACAGACACCGUUGCAGACCAAAGGCAUGCCUGAUUGCACUUGAGUCCGAUCGCUGGGUCGCAGCCUCUGCUCCUGCUCUAACUCCUUGGGGCCGAAUAAAGGCAAGGAGACUAGAAACACGAAUCGCAAGUGGUAUUCCUGAAAGGAAAACACAUAUACUCCAAAAGGAGGGGAGGAACCGCCUAGCUGGUGUGUACACUUUUUUUAAAGGCGAAUCCCUCAGACAAUACUUGAAGUCAUGCGGAAAUGAGAGCAACUCAUGAAACCCCUCCUCCAAGAGAGAAUGUCUUUCAUAAAUGGAACUUUGCUUCUGGUUUUCACAGGACAUUGACCUUGUGGCAGAGCCACGCUGCCCUUCCAGCUGUUUUCAAUGAUUCAGAGAACAUCUGAACAGUGAUGCUUGCCUUGGGUUUACAGAUUUUCAUCCUGACGCCUUGUUUAUGUUUUUGGAGUAGAGAAGUUUGCACUAAUUGCUCUCCAUGGUGGCUAAUCUUUUCAAGAGCCUGAUUUUACCUUACAUACAUAAGCUUUGCAAAGGAAUGUUUACAAAGAAAUUGGGAAAUACAAACAAAAAAAAAGAGAAUCGUGAGCAGAAAAGGAAUCAAGACUUUCCUGCUGCCGGCCACACCAAAACCCCCAGACUUUCUAAUACCUUGAAAAGUACCGUAAAGAAGAUUGCCAAGUGUUCAUCCACUCGCAACUUAUCCACUGAAGAAGACGAAGCUAACAAAGAAUUUUCCCUCUCACCAACAUUCAGUUACCGAGUAGCUAUUGCCAAUGGCCUACAAAAAAAUAUUAAUGUAACCAACAGUGAUAAUGAAGAUCUGCUUCAAGAGUUAUCUUCCAUUGAGAGUUCCUACUCAGAAUCCCUCAGUGAACUAAGGAGUAGUGCAGAAAACCAGCCACAGUCAACACUCAUGAUGCCGGUUAAACGCAAUAGGAAGAGUUCAAGCAGCCUGGCUCCUUCGGAGGGCAGCUCUGAUGGGGAACGCACUCUGCAUAGCUUAAAACUAGGAGCUUUACGUAAACUGAGGAAAUGGAAGAAGAGUCAAGACUGUGUCUCCUCAGAUUCAGAGUUGAGCACAAUGAAGAAAACCUGGGGAAUAAGAAGCAAAUCUUUGGACAGAACUGCCCGAAACCCAAAGACAAAUGCCCUGGAGCCAGGAUUCAGUUCCUCUGGCUGUAUUAGUCAAACACAUGAUGUCAUGGAAAUGAUCUUUAAGGAACUUCAGGGAAUAAGUCAGAUUGAGACAGAACUUUCUGAGCUACGAGGGCAUGUCAAUGCUCUCAAGCAUUCCAUCGAUGAGAUCUCCAGCAGUGUGGAGGUUGUACAAAGUGAAAUCGAACAGCUACGUACAGGGUUCGUCCAGUCUCGGAGGGAAACCAGAGACAUCCAUGAUUAUAUUAAGCACUUAGGCCAUAUGGGUAGCAAGGCAAGCCUGAGAUUUUUAAAUGUGCCCGAAGAAAGAUUUGAAUACGUUGAACUUGUGGUGUACCAAAUUCUAGUAGAUAAAAUGGGUUUUUCAGAUGCACCAAAUGCUAUUAAAAUUGAAUUUGCUCAGAGAAUAGGACACCAAAGGGACUGCCCAAAUGCAAAGCCGCGGCCCAUACUGGUGUACUUUGAAACUCCUAAGCAAAGGGAUUCCGUCUUAAAAAAAUCAUAUAAACUCAAAGGAACAGGUAUCGGAAUCUCAACAGAUAUCCUUACUCAUGACAUCAGAGAAAGAAAAGAGAAAGGGAUACCAUCUUCGCAGACAUAUGAGAGCAUGGAUAUAAAGUUGUCUACUCCAGAGCCCCAACUCAAGAAGAAUAAUUGGCAGCUACCAGAUGACAGUGAUGGAGAGCUGGAAUCUGACCUCAAUAGAAACAGUUAUGCUGUGCUUUCCAAGUCAGACUUUCCAACAAAGGGAAGUAUUUCCAAGUCAAGUUCAAAAUCACACAAUGCUAGAGCCAAAAAUAAAACUGCCAGUAGCAGCAAAAUUUCAAAUAAAUCAGAUUAUAAUAAAAUUUCCUCACAGUUGCCAGAAUCAGGUACCUUGGAAAAGCAAACUACAACCCAUUAUGGAGAUGCAACACCCCUCUGGCAUUCACAGAGUGAUUUUUUUACUGCAAAGCUUAGUCGUUCUGAAUCAGACUUUUCCAAACUGUGUCAAUCUUACUCUGAGGAUUUUUCAGAAAAUCAGUUUUUCACUAGAACGAAUGGAAGCUCCCUCUUGUCAUCUUCAGACCGGGAACUUUGGCAAAGGAAACAGGAGGGCACGCCUACCUUGUAUGACAGUCCCCAGGACUUACUUUUGGAUGGGGCUGUUCAGGGUGUCCAAGGGAACACAGAAACUGUGGAUAGUGGGAUGAGUAAUGGCAUGGUAUGUGCAUCUGGAGACCAAAGUCAUUACAGUGAUUCUCAGCUCUCUUUCCAUGAGGAUCUUUCUCCAUGGAAGGAAUGGAAUCAAGUAGAGCAAGGAGCUGAUUUAGGUUUGGAUUCAUCCACUCAGGAAGCUUUUGACUACGACACAAACAGUCUCUCUGAUCAACAACUAGAUGUUUACAAUAAAGACCAAGAAGACUCGGGGAAGUGCCAUAGUGACCUUCAGGAUGACUCUGAGAGCUAUGAUUUAACCCAAGAUGACAACUCAUCUCCAUGCCCUGGAUUGGAUAAUGAACCACAAGGCCAAUGGGUUGGCCAAUAUGAUUCUUAUCAGGAAGCCAAUUCUAAUGAUUUGUACCAAAAUCAAAGCCAGUUGUCCAUAAUGUAUCGAAGUCAAAGUGAAUUGCAAAGUGAUGAUUCAGAGGAUGCCCCACCCAAAUCUUGGCAUAGUCGAUUAAGCAUUGACCUUUCUGAUAAGGCUUUCAGCUUCCCAAAAUUUGGAUCUACACUACAGCGGGCUAAAUCAGCCUUGGAGGUGGUGUGGAACAAAAGCACACAGAGUCUCAGUGGGUAUGAGGACAGUGGCUCUUCCUUAAUGGGGAGAUUUCGGACAUUAUCACAAUCAACUGCAAAUGAAUCAAGUACCACCCUGGACUCUGAUGUUUACACAGAACCUUAUUACUACAAAGCAGAAGAUGAGGAGGACUAUAGUGAACCAGUGGCAGAUAAUGAAACAGAUUAUGUUGAAGUGAUAGAACAAGUUCUUGCUAAGCUAGAAAACAGGACUAGUAUUACUGAAACAGAUGAGCCAAUGCAGGAAUAUGAUCACUCUUCUUAUGAAACACCUUAUGAAACCCCACAGGAUGAGGGAUAUGAUGGGCAGGCAGAUGAUGUGGUUAGUGAAGGAGGGUUGGAACCCUUAAAUGAAACGUUACCUGAAAUGGAAAUAAAAGAAGAUGAAAACCAAAACAUUCCUGAACAGCCCGUGGAAAUCACAAAGCCAAAGAGAAUCCGUCCCUCUUUCAAAGAAGCAGCUUUAAAAGCCUAUAAGAAGCAAAUGGCAGAAUUGGAAGAGAAGAUCCUGGCUGGAGAUAGCAGUUCUGUGGAUGAAAAGGCUCGAAUAGUAAGUGGCAAUGAUUUGGAUGCUUCCAAAUUCUCUGCGCUCCAGGCAUUUGGCGGGGCUGCGUGGGGACUUUAUGGUAUUGACAGUAUGCCAGAUCUCAGAAGGAAAAAAACUCUGCCUAUUGUACGAGAUGUGGCCAUGACCCUGGCUGCCCGGAAAUCUGGACUCUCCCUGGCUAUGGUGAUUAGGACAUCACUGAACAAUGAGGAACUGAAAAUACAUGUCUUCAAGAAGACCUUGCAGGCAUUGAUCUACCCCAUGUCUUCCACCACCCCACACAAUUUUGAAGUCUGGACAGCCACGACACCAACCUACUGUUACGAGUGUGAAGGGCUCCUGUGGGGCAUUGCCCGGCAAGGCAUGAAGUGCUUGGAGUGCGGAGUGAAGUGCCAUGAAAAGUGCCAGGACCUCUUGAACGCCGACUGUUUGCAGAGAGCAGCGGAGAAGAGUUCUAAGCAUGGUGCGGAAGACAAGACUCAGACUAUUAUUUCAGCUAUGAAAGAAAGAAUGAAGAUCAGGGAAAAAAAUAGGCCAGAGGUUUUUGAAGUAAUUCAAGAAAUGUUUCAGAUUUCUAAAGAGGAUUUUGUCCAGUACACAAAGGCAGCCAAACAGAGUGUAUUGGAUGGGACAUCUAAGUGGUCAGCAAAAAUAACCAUUACAGAGCGGUUAUCAGUGGUUGUUAACUUACCCACAUUUAUUUUCAGUGAGUGCCAUAACUCCACAGAUCGAAUCAAAGUCAGAGUGUGGGAUGAAGAUGAUGAUAUCAAAUCCAGAGUCAAGCAACAUUUCAAAAAGGAAUCAGAUGAUUUUCUGGGACAAACAAUUGUCGAAGUGAGGACCCUGAGUGGAGAAAUGGAUGUCUGGUACAACUUAGAGAAACGGACAGAUAAGUCAGCUGUAUCUGGGGCCAUUCGAUUGAAAAUCAAUGUGGAAAUAAAAGGAGAGGAGAAGGUUGCUCCAUAUCAUAUACAAUAUACAUGUUUACAUGAGAAUCUGUUCCAUUACUUGACUGAAGUGAAAUCUAAUGGUGCAGUGAAAAUCCCAGAGGUCAAAGGGGAUGAAGCCUGGAAGGUUUUCUUUGAUGAUGCUUCCCAAGAAAUAGUCGAUGAGUUUGCCAUGCGCUAUGGGAUUGAAUCCAUUUAUCAAGCUAUGACGCACUUCUCAUGUCUGUCUUCUAAAUACAUGUGCCCUGGCGUCCCUGCCAUCAUGAGCACUUUGCUGGCGAAUAUAAAUGCUUUCUAUGCUCACACGACAGUUUCAACAAAUGUGCAGGUUUCUGCCUCAGAUCGAUUUGCCGCUACCAAUUUUGGUAGGGAAAGAUUCAUAAAACUACUAGACCAGUUGCACAACUCUUUAAGGAUUGACCUGUCAAAGUAUAGGGAAAACUUUCCUGCUGGCAAUGCUGAAAGACUGCAAGACCUGAAAUCAACUGUGGACUUGCUAACAAGUAUCACCUUUUUUAGACUGAAGGUUCUGGAGCUGCAAAACCCCCCAAAGGCCAGCAUGGUGGUAAAGGACUGUGUCAGAGCUUGCCUGGAUUCUACGUACAAGUACAUUUUUGAUAAUUGCCACGAACUCUAUUCCCAGCUAAUAGACCCGAGUAAGAAACAGGACAUUCCUCGGGAAGAGCAGGGACCAACCACCAAGAAUUUGGAUUUUUGGCCCCAACUUAUUACCCUGAUGGUCACUAUUAUUGAUGAGGAUAAAACUGCCUACACACCUGUCCUGAAUCAGUUUCCUCAAGAACUGAACAUGGGAAAAAUAAGUGCUGAGAUUAUGUGGACCCUUUUUGCUCUGGAUAUGAAAUAUGCACUAGAAGAACAUGAAAAGCAGCGGUUAUGUAAGAGCACCGAUUAUAUGAAUUUGCAUUUCAAAGUGAAAUGGUUUUAUAAUGAAUAUGUGCGAGAACUUCCUGCCUUCAAGGAUGCCAUUCCUGAAUACUCCUUGUGGUUUGAGCCUUUUGUCAUGCAGUGGCUAGAUGAAAAUGAAGAUGUGUCAAUGGAGUUUCUUCAUGGAGCACUAGGAAGAGACAAAAAAGACGGAUUUCAGCAGACAUCUGAUCAUGCCCUCUUCUCUUGUUCCGUGGUUGAUGUAUUUGCUCAGCUUAAUCAGAGCUUUGAGAUUAUUAAGAAACUGGAAUGCCCUAACCCUGAAGCAUUAUCUCACUUGAUGAGAAGAUUCGCAAAGACUAUCAAUAAAGUACUGCUUCAGUAUGCUGCAAUUGUAUCAAGUGAUUUUAGUUCCUACUGUGACAAGGAAAAUGUGCCCUGUAUACUGAUGAACAAUAUUCAGCAAUUACGGGUCCAGUUGGAAAAAAUGUUUGAAUCCAUGGGAGGAAAAGAGUUAGAUCCUGAAGCUAGUGCUAUUCUGAAGGAACUUCAAGUUAAACUCAGUGGGGUUCUAGAUGAGCUCAGCGUCACUUACGGGGAAAGUUUCCAGCUUAUCAUUAAGGAGUGUAUAAAACAGAUGGGAUUUGAACUAAAUCAAAUGAGAACAAAUGGAAAUACUGCAUCUAAUAAGAACAGUGCGGCAAUGGAUGCAGAGAUUGUAUUAAGACCUCUCAUGGACUUCUUGGACAAAACAUUGAGUCUCUCAGCAAAAAUCUGUGAGAAAACAGUUCUGAAGCGACUUUUGAAAGAGCUAUGGAAGCUAGUUCUAAACACAAUAGAAAAACAGAUUGUUCUCCCUGCUCUGACAGAUCAAACAGGACCCCAGAUGAUUUUCAUCACUGCUAAAGAUCUUGGACAAUUAUCGAAACUAAAGGAGCACAUGAUUCGAGAGGAUGCCAAGGGUCUGACACUAAGACAGUGCACCAUAAUGGAGGUGGUCCUGGCUACCAUCAAGCAAUACUUUCAUGCUGGUGGAAAUGGCCUCAAAAAGAAUUUCUUGGAGAAAAGCCCAGAUCUUCAAUCUCUGAGAUAUGCUCUCAAUCUUUAUACCCAAACGACUGAUGCCUUGAUAAAGAAGUUCAUAGACACUCAAACCUCACAGAGUCGCUCCUCCAAAGAUUCAGUGGGUCAGAUAUCUGUUCAUGUGGACAUCACCACCACCCCAGGAACUGGAGAGCAUAAAGUCACUGUGAAAGUGAUGGCUAUUAAUAACCUGAACUGGCAGACCACCGCCAUGUUCCGCCCCUUUGUGGAAGUUUGUAUGCUGGGACCCAAUCUUGGAGACAAGAAGAGAAAACAAGGCACAAAGACAAAAAGCAACACCUGGUCACCCAAGUACAAUGAAACAUUUCAGUUUAUUCUGGGUAAUGAAAACCACCCAGGAGCCUAUGAACUUCAUCUCUCAGUUAAGGAUUACUGCUUUGCCCGAGAAGAUCGAAUUAUCGGAAUGACAGUGAUUCAGCUACAGAGCAUAGCAGAAAAGGGAAGCUAUGGGGCAUGGUAUCCCCUUUUGAAAAAUGUUUCUAUGGAUGACACCGGUUUGACUAUUCUUAGAAUACUCUCUCAGAGGACCAGCGAUGACGUGGCUAAAGAAUUUGUAAGACUUAAAUCUGAAACAAGAUCUGCUGAAGAGAGUGCUUGAAAGGAAUACUGAAGAUACCAUCUUCGAGAAUGCACAAACUAUAAUUGUUUGACUACUGCAUGCAUGUGCAAAUACAUGGGAAUGUUUAUUUCACUACAUCUCAGUGUUUGCCAGUAAUCACAUACAAUGUCUACAAGGUACGUGGAAAACCUGCUGAACUUAUAUACAUACCAUCACUGGUCUUUGGGAAAUAAAUGUUCCAUGAAGUGCCAAAAUUAUGAUGUAAAGUGAAAUAUCCAGAUCUUUUUAAAUGUUUAUUGCAUCUCAUUAACAAUUUUGCACCCACUAAGCAUACUGAAAAACAAUUAAGUCUUUUCAGUUCAUCUAUUAGUUGUUUUUGUUACAUUAGUUUCAAUUGCCCAUAGAUCAGAAAGAUUUGUUACUCAAAUUCUGUUUUAUUUAGACUCACCUCAUUGUAGAUGUCUUAGAAAUACCCUUUUCUAUUAUAACUAGAAAUGCAGUCGCCACUAGAAAGCAUUUGUAAUUUUAUAGUUGAAGAUAUAUUGUGAUGAUUUUUGCAUACAAAUUAAAAUAGAAAAGGUGGGAAAUAUUUUAUGCUGACCAGUUUCCAACCUUUCUGAAAUAUCACUGUGAAGAAAUGCUAUUAAAGCAAACUUAUACAAAGCAAUGCUAAAUAGUUUGUUAACAAUGUUUGAUAUAUUGACAAAACUUUGUUCUUCAAAACUGCCACAGUCACAUCACAUUUGUUAAAAGGGUAAGUUGAUGCACUUGCCACCUAGCAUUAUGUCUUGGCUUUAUCAAAUUUCAUUCUUUACAAAGUCAUGCGAUGGAAAGUUUUUUUAAAAAAUUAUCUAUGAUAAGUAACUACCAUUAGUGUUUUCCCUCUGACAGAUAUGACUAACUCCUUAAUUACUUAGCACUGUAAUCAGUUAAAUGCUUUUUUCUUUUAAAAAUAUUCAACGAUUUGUACUAAAUACAGCAUUACUAUAUAUUGCACUGGAACAAAAAGCCUUGUCUUCAUCUACUUAAUGAAAAAUGUAAAACAGAAUCUAAAGAAAUUGCUUACAAUCUUGUAAUUUAUGUUAUUUAUAAGACCAAGAUGCAUCAGAUGAAAUAGGAAAACAAUAACUGAGUUGGAUUUUGAAUAUGAAAUACUUCAUGAAUAUUUGCAUUUGCUGUAUCUUUAUGGUUUGACUUUUGGAGUCUAUCUAAAUAGUUGGCUGUAGAACAGUACUUUGAAACAUGCUCAUAACUGUUAGUGGACAACAUAUACCUGCAGAAACAAGAACCAAUUACAAUGAUUGUGUUUUGUGAACAAGCUGGUCUGGUAUGUUAAGAACAAAAUUAAUAUUAUCAUGAAUCUCAGAACCAUUCUGCUCCUGGAUGUGAAAACACAGACCAGUGAAAUCCACUAAUUCAUGUUAAAUUGUUAGGCAAUUGCUUUGUUAAUGACUUCUCCAAAUGCAUAGUGCAAUGUGAUCCUGUGGCAUAUGCAUUAAUAAAUGGAUGUAUAUUGAGAACAUGCAACA